CAUUUUAUAAAACCCUACGCCCAAUUUCUCGCGCUCUUCCUCUCUCUUGCCGUCGCUCUGAAGCUUCGCGGAACCCUACCGCCGAGCUCCUCAUUCGCUGCCGAAUUCACCGGCGAAACCCUCGCUUGAAUCAGAAAUGAUCUGCACGAUCUCCGGAGAAGUUCCGGAGGAACCGGUUGUUUCUAAGAGAUCCGGCCUUCUCUUCGAGCGGCGGUUGAUCGAGCACCACAUUGCAAAUCAUGGAAAAUGCCCCGUUACCAACGAGGAGCUCAGCAUGGACGAUCUCGUAGCUGUGAAGACAGAUAAGGUAGCGAAGCCAAGACCAUUGCAAGCUGCUAGCAUUCCUGGGCUGCUUGGAAUGUUCCAGAAUGAAUGGGAUGCUCUGAUGCUUUCUAAUUUUGCACUUGAGAAUCAAUUACACACAGCUAGGCAAGAGUUGAGUCAUGCUUUGUAUCAGCAUGAUGCUGCAUGCCGGGUUAUAGCUAGACUGAAGAAGGAAAGAGAUGAUGCAAGAGUGCUUUUGUCUCUGAGUGAGAGACAAAUACGUGCUGAAUCUGCUGAUGCAGCUGUUGUCAGCAAUGGGAAAAGAGCUAUAGAAAGCGAGUUUGGUCCUGUUGCGAAGAAAGUUCGUCCUGGUAUAAAUCCUUCUAUUAUUGCAGAACUUACUGAAUGCAAUGCUUUGCUUUCUGGACAGAGGAAAAAGCGCCAGAUCCCAGCUACGCUGGCUCCUGUUGAUGCACUGGAUGGAUACACUCAGGUUGCUAGUCAUCCACUUCACAAGUCGAACAAGCCAGGGAUUCUUUGUAUUGAUAUUGAUGCUUCCAAGGACAUAAUUGCUACUGGUGGUGUUGAUUCAACUGGAGUUCUUUUCAAUAGGACAUCAGGUCAAAUCUUAUCGACACUCACUGGUCACUCAAAGAAGGUCACCAGUGUCAAAUUUGUUCCUGGUGAAGAACUUGUUAUAACUGGGUCAGGUGACAAGACAGUACGCAUUUGGCAAGUGACUGAUGAUGAAAAUUAUGAUUGUCGUCAUGUGUUACGGGACCACACUGCUGAGGUACAAGCCGUCACACUACAUGCUACAAAUAAGUACUUUGUUACUGCUUCUAUGGAUAACACUUGGUGUUUCUAUGACCUCUCUACGGGAUCUUGCCUCACUCAGGUUGGUGAAGCUAGUUCAGAGGAGGGCUAUACUUCAGCUUCCUUUCAUCCUGAUGGUCUUAUUCUAGGAACUGGCACUACUGGAGCCCUUGUCAAUAUUUGGGAUAUAAAAUCUCAGUCAAAUGUUGCAAAGUUCGAUGGACAUGUGGGAUCAGUGACUGCUAUGUCAUUUUCUGAGAAUGGCUAUUUCCUAGCGACUGCUGCUAUGGAUGGUGUUAAGCUUUGGGAUCUCAGGAAGCUAAAGAAUUUCAGAUCCUUCGCUCCAUAUGAUGCAAAUACUCCAACAAACUCCGUUGAGUUUGAUUUCAGUGGGUCCUAUCUUGCUAUUGCUGGUUCUGAUACAAGAGUGUACCAAGUCGCCAAUGUGAAGCAGGAAUGGAAUCUUAUCAAGACAUUCCCCGAUUUAUCUGGAGCCGGGAAAAUCACGUCCGUGAAGUUUGGAGCUGAUGCAAGAUACAUGGCAGUCGGUUCCAUGGACCGCAAUCUACGGAUAUUUGGAAUCCCAGGGAAUGAACGAGAGGACCCGAAAUCCCCAGCUCAUUGAUUGGGUUUGCUUCAUUUAUCUUACUCUGAAGGCUUUAUCUAUAGCUAAUUUAAUGGAGCAGUUUCAAAAUCACUUGGGACUCUCAGCAUCCUCUAUCAUUAUUUUUUGUUUAUCCCCGAUGUGACAUUGUAAGCAAAUGGAAUUUGGAAUACGGAUUGGGUUUGGACGGUUCAAACUUGUAUUAAUGAUAAUGUACGGUGAGCCAUAAUUUAUUGGUGAGUAA